AUGGCCAGCAUCGAAAGCAUCAAUGAAGGAGUCGCCAUCAAUGGCGCCGUCAAGGACUCGUACCGCAAGAUCCUUACGCCCGAGGCCACUGCCUUCCUCGCUCUCCUCCAUCGCACCUUCAACGGCACCCGCAAAGCUCUGCUCCAACGACGAGUGAUCCGUCAACAGGAGCUUGACAAGGGCAAUUUGCCAGAUUUCCUCCCCGAGACCAAGCACAUUCGCGACAAUGACGCCUGGAAAGGUGCUCCUCCGGCUCCCGGCCUUAUCGACCGCCGCGUUGAGAUCACCGGACCAACGGACCGGAAAAUGGUUGUCAAUGCUUUGAACAGCAAUGUGUGGACUUACAUGGCUGACUUUGAGGAUGCCCAAGCUCCCACCUGGGACAAUCAGGUCUCCGGCCAGGUUAACCUCUACGAUGCCAUCCGGAAGCAAGUCGAUUUCAAGCAAGGGGAAAAGGAAUACAAAUUACGUACAGAUCGCGUAUUGCCAACGCUCAUAGCUCGCCCCAGGGGGUUCCAUUUGGAAGAGAAGCAUUUCACUGUCGACGGCGAGCCCAUCUCCGGUUCCUUGUUCGACUUCGGCCUGUACUUCUUCCACAACGCCUUUGAGCUGGUCAAGCGUGGCACAGGGCCAUACUUUUACCUUCCUAAGAUGGAGUCCCAUCUCGAGGCGAGACUCUGGAACGAUGUUUUCAACCUAUCUCAAGACUACAUCGGCAUGCAACGAGGCACGAUCCGCGGAACCGUCCUUAUCGAGACAAUCACCGCCGCCUUUGAAAUGGACGAGAUCAUCUACGAGCUCCGUGACCACUCAGCUGGUCUGAAUUGCGGCCGUUGGGAUUACAUCUUCUCGGUCAUCAAGAAAUUCCGCCAAAACCCCAACUUUGUCCUCCCAGACCGAUCCGCUGUCACCAUGACUGUGCCUUUCAUGGACGCUUAUGUCCGUUUGCUGAUUAAGACCUGCCAUCGCCGCGGCGUCCACGCCAUGGGUGGUAUGGCCGCUCAGAUCCCCAUCAAAGACAACCCGGAGGCCAAUGACAAGGCCAUGGAGAACGUCCGACAGGACAAGUUGCGCGAAGUUCGGGCUGGCCAUGACGGGACCUGGGUUGCUCACCCUGCACUAGCAGUCAUUGCCUCUGAGGUGUUCAACAAGCACAUGCCUACCCCCAACCAGCUCUACAAGCGCCGUGAAGAGGUUUAUGUCACCAAGAACGACCUUCUCAACAUGAACAUGCCUGGAACCGUGACGGAAGACGGCAUCCGAAAGAACCUCAACAUUGGUCUUGGAUACAUGGAGGGCUGGCUCCGCGGCGUGGGCUGCGUGCCGAUCAAUUACCUCAUGGAGGACGCUGCCACGGCCGAAGUCUCACGUUCGCAGUUGUGGCAGUGGGUUAAGCACGGAGUCAAGACUGCCGAGGGCCAUACUGUCGACAAGGCUUACGCUCUUCGAUUGCUGAGGGAGCAGGCAGAAGAACUGGCGUCCAAGGCGCCGAAGGGCAACAAGUACCAGCUUGCGGCCCGAUAUUUCGAGAGCCAGGUGACUGGCGAAGAUUAUGCCGACUUCUUGACAAGUCUCCUGUACAACGAGAUCACCACUGUGGGAUCGUCCCAGCCUGUGGCCAAAUUGUAA